UCAAGCUCUGUCACACCGGUCCAUCACGCUACACUGGUUUCAUACGCAAUUCUUUGUUUUCUUUGCGGCCAAAUCUUGUUCUCCGCAAUUGCACUUGAGUGCGAGCCCUGAGCCUGACGCGCCAUGGCUUACUCUGUUGGCUCAGAUUGCACGACCGACCUAGAGCAGGGUGUCACCACCUUGAACGCCAUAAGCCAUCCCGAACUCGCUAGUACAUCUAUGCUUGUACGAACGCCCCUUCAUGCCACCAGAUCAACCGGCUCCGAUACCCGAGGAGAUGUACUAUCUCUUCCAAACGCCUCUGGUGUAGGGGCAUUCCUGUCUGUACCUUCUGGUGUUUCAUCCUAUGCCUCUAGCUCCGGGGCAUCUUCGCAUGAUGGAGACUCUGUUGAGUCCAUCACAUAUACUCCCUCAGAGUCUCCUGAGCCGAGGUCAACAAUUGCUGGCCCUCUCAACCUUGAAUCAACUGCUUCUUUGGCGAGCGGACCAUCUUUCCAGGAAUUUCAGGUUCCUGAAAUCAACACCUUCGACUUUGACGAGGCCCCUGGAACAUAUACCGACUCUUUGUUUUCGUCAUUCGAUACUUUUAUGGAACUAGAGUAUCUACCUCCAGUCGAAGACAGCUAUCUGCAAGUAGACCUGACGAAUACACUCUCAAAUGGGCAGCCACCUGGCUCUCGGCAGAGCACUCUGGACUUUAGCCCUCUCCCGCCUCAAUUUCUCGGCAAUAGCCCUACGCUUGGUAACUCCCCAGCUCCAAGUCCCUAUUCGUCAUGCAACGAAUUGUCCAUUUUUGAAAGUGAAGUCUGGGAGUUCGGCCUAGAUUCGUGGUCCACUCAACCAAUGGCCCCAGAGAUCAAUGACAUCAGCAAGCCGAUUGAGACAGUGGCUGAUGAGAUGGAAUCUGCCACACUUUCAACCACCAUUUCAAACGCGAGUGAAAACACCUUCACUAGGAACGUUCCAGUUCCGGAUAUCAAGAUCCGCCCUUGCAGCAGCCAACGACAUGCCAGUGUACCUUCUGGGCGUGGAUCGACAAAAACUCUCCAUCAAAAAUCUGGGUGCAAUAUUCUCAAGCCGGACGACGAAGAGGAAGACGAGAUCAAAAGAGUUCGGACUCGCCGGAGGCUGGUUAAGGGGAACAGGGGAAAGAACCGCGUGACUAAGAAACGGCCCAUUAUAGACGAAAAGGCAAAAAGUGAGACCAAAUUGACGCGGAAAGUGAAAGCAUGCAUACGAUGCCGUCUCUAUCGGAUUAGAUGUACUCCGGCGGAAAAUAAUCAUCUCGGCGUCUGCGUCACCUGUCUCACGGUCACACCAGACAUAUAUAUUCUCCCUUGCAUUCGCGGCCUCCUCACCGACAUACCCUUGUUUAGAUUGGGGGCUACGGAAAAUUUCCUCUGGUCACGAAGGUGGCUAGGGUCGAAGCUGAAAGAAGUCACCACGUGGCAGUCUCCGGACGUGAAAUGGAUCCAGUUGACACAAGAUUAUGGUGGUACUUACAUCAAUGUUCCAGUCAAAAAAUUCAUUCCACUCCCGGGGGAUACGCUUACUUACUCGUGGAAUUCUUCCAACGGACCCGGGGAACUAGAGUGUGCUCCAUACGCUUUAGCCGACAUUCAACACUGUACCAAGGAGUUGCGACGCCACAUCGAAGAAGCUGUCGAUCAACACGUGCAGACCUUGCUCAAGGGCAAAACGGGGAUCCUCAGUAAAACAUUCUCGAUGAUUUUAUCCAUACUUAAUCGAGCUGAGGCAAUGCAAGACAGAGAGCUUUUGCAAGACACACUCUACCUAUGGGUUGCGAGCCGACUAAUCGAGAAGCCGUGGCGCGUCGUCGACAACGAAGGUAACGAAACACUGGAGCACGACCUGAGCGACAAUAUCCAUCCAUUUUGGGAUGAAGAAAGCCCGUUUUUUUCUCGUGUGCCGGUGACACCAGUCAUGGACAACCAACUGGACCAAAUCAUCAUCAAGGGGAUUCUCCUACCACGAAAGAAGACGAUUCAAAAAAGGCUUCAUGCUAUUGUCAAAUCCAACAAGCCUUCAAAUUGGUUCCUCGUCUAUCUUUGCACAUUUCUUUUGCUAAACAACUACGAAAUCGCCACUUCUCAUGACCGGAACUUUGCUUCGCGACACUCUCUAAAGGUGAUAGAUACCACAAGGAACCUUGAAGAAAACAACUAACUCGACCGUAGACUCGCUUCUCAAACUAUCCACUUCUCGAGGGAUUUCACGCCGGAGCCAAUACGUUGCUUGCACAUUUCCAUUAUUGUUGCAAAGGGGACACUCCUUUCAAGAUUGACUGGACCAAAGACCCAUACGUCAAAUCUUUGACCCUAAA